AUGACGUCCAUGCUGCCGUCAAGUGGUCCGAAGGUUGGCUCAAAAAGCUCCGAAAUCGAGCGAUUUCGAGCUCGUCAACGCCGCCGGUGUCGCGGGCAAGCGGUUGCAACGUCACCAGGUACCGAGAUGCACUUGGGCUACAACGCUUUCGACUUCUCGGCGUCACCUGAAGCUUUCUACGACGUACCAGAAGAACACAUUACAACUAAACGUGUCGCUGUUCCAGGUAGACUGCAAGGUAUCGAAGAGCUGUCGGUUGAGGACCAACUCAAUCCCCUUGAGCAGCAGACAGGAACAACACAUAAAGAGCAUGGCCAAGCAGCAGAUUACGUCUAUGGGUUUCAACAGCACAAGCAUGUGGGAUCAGAUGUUUCCGGGACUUUGCCAUUCUGGGGAACCGAUUCAGCAGAUGCCACCGACUUCUGA